AUGGCUGAACAAGAAUACGACAAGUACUUGCAGUACUCACGAACAAAACUAAUGAAUCACCUCACUGCAUUUGCACUACAUCGUCUUCUCGUUCAGCAAAAGUGUCAGUUUCGAGUAACGUCUAACGUCGUCGAGUUGGGUAAUAUGGAACAAAAUCGUCAAAAACGAGCCAGGUGA